AUGCCUCAACGACCAACUCGUGGAAACCCUGGACCAACCCCACCCGAAGUCGACUCAGCUGCAUUCCAAGCAGUUGUAUCUGCUGCAGUUACUGCAGCCAUGGCACAAAUCCAACAAGGGAACAAUGGUGGAGUCAAUGGACAAGGGGCUGGGAGUUCGAACAAUGGAACAAAUCACGGACCUACCAGAACAUGUUCCUACAAGGACUUCACCAACGCCAAACCCCGAACCUUUAAUGGCACGGGUGGAGUGAUAACCUUGAAGAGAUAG